ACCACUUUUAAUGUUGUGACGUUAGCCAUCUGGAAUUGAGAAGGUCUGCCAAAAAUCCGAGUCGUGAUCAAGGGUCAGAUCCAGUAAUAAAGUCGACAUGGAACAAGAAGGUGGGUUUGCUGUGAAUUCUAACAAAGAUGCUGAAGUUCAGAGUCGAACGUUCAACAGAAAGAGAGUUAUUUUGGUGGUGUCUGUUGUAUUUCUUCUUGUCGCUGUAAUUGUUAUCAUUGUAGUCCUUAAAGUACGACCAAGCAGCAGYAAUUCUCCAUCUGAGCCUAAAAUACAAGGAAGCUCAUCAAAAAAUGAUUUGAUACGUAAGUUUUUGGUUAGAGUACAAGAGACAUAUUUCAUUUGUAAUCCAGAAGCAAUAGUCACCAAGCAAGCAGUCAAGGCCGACGAGAUACUUGAACGAUAUCGUCCUUUUGAUUAUAAUCCGUCGUCACUUAAGAAAGCUGCUGAUAAGGCUUUGGAAUUGCGUGCAGAAUUUGAAAGAAAAUUCACUAAAGAAGUAGAAUCAACACUUAAACCAAAUGAGCUGAGAGUCUUUUACGAGAUGAAACAGUUCCUACGACACUUUGGAGCCGCGGGUCCUUACGACAGUUCCUACUACACUGGCCUUUGGAUGUUAGGACCAAAUUCCAUGGUGUGGGAGCCUAUACGAACAAUGUGGCCUUGGUUUGAGCAAAUCUUUACACAUAAACAGUCCAGGCCUAAGACCUUGUCUGAGUUUCAUCAUAUACUAGAGGUCAUGGCCAUGGUGAAAGAGAGCGUUAACAAUUAUACKAAUAAUAUGAUGAUGGGUGUAAAAAGAGGCAUGGUACGAAACAUUGAGGCUUGUACAGCAGGGUUAAAGAGCUUUAAACACUACUAUCGCGGAUUUGCACUAAAUGGAGAGAAAGAUGUUCUUGGGAGCAAACUCCUACAGCAAAAUUUUCUUGAGAACAUAAAUGAUUCAAURAAAACAGAUUGGAAGAGAAAGACAGGAAAGAAUAUGACGUCUUCGCUUCAGGAAGCACUUAUUACAUACAUCGGAAGGCCAUUCAGUCRGUUAAUAAGAUAUAUGGAAAGUCAGCAUAUUCKGCAUUGCGUUCCAAGCAAUGUUUCAAGUGGUCUUGCAACUUUACCUUUAACACACRUAUAUGUAGAUGGUUUGCCAGACCUCUCACGGCCAACCGAGCCCUAUCUACCCACUGGAGAACGGCUUAAUGGCACCCAAGCAUUCAAAAAAGUACUUACAUACUUUACAACGACUGACAUUACUCCAGCACAAAUCCAAGCAAUGGGACAUCAAAGGCUUAAAGCCUUGCAAGAGCAGGUUGUAGAUUUGGCAAAGGAGGUGACUGGCGAGUCUAACCAGACUGCAGCUGUGAAGUUAUUUAGGAAAAAUAUAUUAUCGAACAGGUCAUUGUUUUACAAUAAGGAUUCAUUUCCAAUGAAUGAAUCUCAGGAUGAUACAUUUCUUUAUUGCCAUGAUGUURAAAGUGCUGAAAUGUUUUGUCCGAAACGAUCUCAAGCAUACAAUAUUUGGAAAAACUCAACACAAAAGGUUCAACGGAUACUUCACCAGAAGAUCAAUCCUCUGUUUUAUUCUGCUGGAAAAAGAAAAACCACCUUAUCGUGUUUAGCAGAUGUGAUUCCUACCUUUAAUCCAACUAGUAGUUUCCAUAGUUACAGCCCGUUUAAAUGCGGUAUCCAUACACUUCCUUUCUUUAUUGAUGAUUAUGGGCCAAAGUACUCCGAAUGGACCGUAACAGCACAUGAAACUCAACCCGGACAUAAUCUAGAGGUUCAAGGUUAUGCUCACAACUUCGAAAACAAAGAAAAGGAUGGGAUCAUGAAAUGGCUUUCUUCGAUGACUUAUUUCCCAUCUUUCAGCGAAGGAUGGGCGACUUAUGCCGAGUAUCCUCUUGUUGGAAAAGACCUUGACCUAUACAAACAUGACCCACUGGCGAAAUAUGGAAUGCUGCAACAACAGAUAAUGGGUGCAUUGAGAUUAAUCAUAGAAACAGGUCUGCACUAUUUUGGGAUGAGUAGGUCAAGGGCGUUACAACUGUUUAAAGAAAAUGCAUGGGAAACAGGCGACAUUGCGACUAAGGAAAUAACACGCUAUCAGAGUGUCCAAGGACAUGCCGUGAGCUACAUGGUUGGACAGACAGCAUUCCUGCAUGGAAGAACUUUUGCUGAAAACAAACUUGGAUCCCAGUUUUCUCUGAAAGAGUUUCAUUACCAGGUACUUCGACAAGGCGAGGUUCCUCUUGACUAUCUUGACCAUGUGAUUAAACGCUACGUCAACUGCACAAUAUUAUCUGGUAAACAACAAAUCUAUUAUGACAUAAACUCUCUAUGUGAAGAGGUUUURUCGUAAUCGGUUUAUGAWAAAAGGCAAAAAAGCAAACAAWMAAAAAUKYAGCUUGACUAGCUUCAUAAAGAUAAACUUUUCCUCUYCAUCUGUUACGGACAAAUCCCAUGCAAACUGACCGCCRCUGCAAGCAAAACCUGUCAAUUUUCUGAAAGGUGUUGUACGCUCGACAAAUGUUUCAGGAAAUAUUUAAAAAGUUAAUGUUAAUAAUAGAAAUCGUCUUAUUUGAA